GCUUAUUUUUAAUACUCAAAAAACGGGUUGCUGCUCCUGUUCAGGACUGUGAUGUCGUAGUUUCUGAUCCUGAAUAAAACUUUAACCAGCAAUUGUACCAGUAAAGUCGUCUAUGAAUUUGAAGCUUAUAUCCGACAUCUUUGCGCUGCAGGACUGUUUUGGACUACAACUAAAUUAGAAAACAACAACAACGUAACACAAUAAAAUAAACUGUUUGGUAAUCUUGUUUUCCCAUUUUGGGGGAUACAAUUGUUGGGAUAAGUUUAAAUAAUGAAUAAACAGAAGUGUACGUUGCAGUAAAAGGAAGUGACUCGGAAUCAGACUGAUCUACUUUUGUGAUGCCAAGGGAACUAUACAGUCUAAGAAAAAAGUUAUUUCCUCAGAUUUUACAAAUUUAAUUUUACAGAACUCACACUGUUUACGGUAUGUGCUUUAAGCAUCGAUGCAUCUAUGCUUGUCUUGUAAACAAUACGGGUGUAUCGACGCAACUGAGCAACAAAAUAUUCAACAAAACCUGAACGAUUUAUUGUAACUCAGAUGAAAAAGUUUGCUCAAAGUAAGCGAACUGUUUAUUGUCGUGCAGUAGGUAAAUCUCAAUGGAAAGCGUGUAUGGUUUAUUCAAGGGCAGACGGUAAACUAAGCUGGAAACAUCGGAUGAUUUAGAAUAGACUAACUGCACACCUUGACCUCGUCAGAAGGUAUAUUUGAUUGGACCUGACACCUGACAGACCCGUCAAUACUGAGAAGCACGAUUCUCGUUUAUAACGGACUUGUAACGCUCGUACACACUUGCUUACAUACAAAUACGUGCGCGUCUGUGCAUAUGCAUAAUGUCUUGCUUAACGUGUUAGUGUGAAUAAGUGUAGGUUUCAGUGCAACAUGGUAGGCAAAACAAUAUUUGUUAGCAUGAAGGAAGUUAAUUAUUUUUUACCACCCACUCACAUACCUUUUCUCCCAGUGACUCUUUUUUACAUUCACGCCGCAGGAUAUCUGUGAAAUACGGCGUAGUUUGAUUUGUAUUGUCGGUAACUGUUGACAGCAAUGUAAACACAAAAUGAAAGGAACAUUUCUCACGAAUGGAAGCUACUUUCACUUUCUCGGAAUCAGAAAUGAGACGGCAAAGCCACACGCCAUUGUGUGGUCGCCUGUCACACGACACAGACGUGAUCACAACUGACUAUGACCUGGCGAAAAAUGCAAGGACCACGCUCAGCAGGGAUACGCCCUCCCACUUCACUCGGCAUGGCAGACCAACAGUGGGUACCACGUAAGGUCUACUGGUGUACCUGAGAGCACCAACAGACCCUGACUCCUCACAUUUGAAGAGAAACAUGGCAGAAUCGUCUGAGGACUCGGAGGGCGAGGAACUGGAGCUGAUCCGUCCUGGCCUUAUCCGAGAACUUCGCAAUGUGCUGGACGAAUACCCGGAUGAUGGUCAGAUUCUCAAGGAAAUGAUACAGAAUGCCGAGGACGCGGGGGCAAGCAGGGUAAAGAUCCUGGCAGACAGUCGAGAAUUUCACAGACAGGAAGAUGCGCGAAUAAUAAAGAAGCACCCUCAUCUGAAGUUCUUUCAGGGUCCAGCACUCUGUGUGUACAACAACGAACAAUUUACCGAGAAAGACUGGGAGGGUAUCCGCAUGCUACACACCAGUGUCAAGGAGAAAGACCCUCUCAAGGUCGGCCGUUUUGGUCUGGGAUUUAAGUCAGUAUUUCAUUUGACAGAUCGUUUGGUGAUCGUCAGUGGAGAGUUUAUUAUGUACAUGGACCCGUUCAAAGGAGCGGACAGAUACUGUGUCCGCAAACGUCUGGCAGGGACAAGGGGCAGAGAACUGGAAUCUCUUGUUCGUUGUCUGGAUGCAGUGUUUCUCGCGGGAUCCCCACAUUCACUCGACAGAGUGUUCAACUCUCAGACUGGCCUCUUCUCAGGCACACUUUUCUGGUUUCCACUCAGGCGUCAGGAGAGCGAGUUGUCAGACACACUGUACACAGAGGCAACCUUGAAUGAUCUACUCCAGGCUUUUAAAGCAGAGGCGAAUUCUAUGCUGAUGUUUUUAAAGAACUUAGAGAAGAUCGAGCUGUACACAAGAGACGCCAAAGAAACAAAGCUGGUGUUCACAGUCGAAUUGUCAGCGGAGUGCGUUAGUGCUGUGAGGGCGGAGAGGUCAAAGUUCAAGGACAGCGUUCGAGCAGCCACGCAAGACUUACCUCUGGAGCCUGUGUGUAACUGGUCUGAGGUCGAGGUGCAGAUGUCUGGUCGUAACCUCCGGAAUCGGUCCCAACAUAAGGAGCGAUGGCUGGUGGUCAACUACCACGCGGGCAAGAAUCAGGCAAGCGACCAACUAUUGAGGCUGUGCAGAGACCCGAACCUGAGUUACCAGCCCUACGUGGGCGUGGCCGUGCCUCUAGGAGGGCAGCGAAACUUUCAAAGUCAGCUCUUCUGUUUCCUGCCGUUACCCUUGGAGACGAGGAGUCCCACGGGACUGCCAGUGCACGUCAACGGGUUUUUUGCUCUGAGCCAGAACCGCCGCCAUAUCAAGUGGCCCACAGCCGAUCAAGUACACAACAGGGCCCACAUGGAGCCUGCUCUCCAGUGGAACUGCCUGCUGGUGGAAGAAUUGCUUCCCUUAGCCUACAUCGCAUUGCUUCACAGACUUCAAGAGAUUCAUGACAAAAAGCCAGACGAAUUCUACAAAGCCUGGCCAGAUGUGGCAACUGUGGAUAACCGAUGGCAACCCCUAGUACGAACACUGUACACAAGAUUGUCCCAGGGCACAUUUUUCCAUACUUCAGUGCCGAUAGACACCUGGAUCCCGCUAUCCCAAGCUGUGUUACAGAACUUGCCUCCCUCAGUGGAGCCAAAGGUAGUGCAAGCUAUCAUACAUAUCUACACCAUCAGCAAUGAGAAGGUCGUCCGUCUACCACAUCACGUGAUGUCAGGGCUCCAGCAGCUUAGUCUUGAGAAUGUGGCCCAAACCAUCACACCCCGCCAUGUCAGUGAACUGGUUCUUACACACCAUCAGUAUCUCCACGACGAAUAUAAACUGCUGCUGCUACAGUAUCUCUGUAGUCAUGGUAACGAUCCGCAGCUUUUGGUUGAUCGGUUUCUGCUUCCCCUUCAAGACGGAACCUUUGGUGCUUUUAGUCUCCGUGGAAAGGCUGAUGAAGUCUUCUUUUGCGAGAAGGAGACACAAGUUCUCUUUCCAGGUCUGGAGAAGGCGAUGUGCAGCAGCAAUGUGUCAGAGAUCAUUAAGAACCACCUGAAAAAUCUGGCAAAAUCUGGUGAGUUUUCCUUUCGGAUCGUAACAUGCAUUGAUGUGGCGAGAUUGUUGGAGAUGAGCAUACAAACAAGAUUUAGAGGUUCCUCCAUUAGACUUUCCUCACAAGACAGCUGGAUACAACAAGUAUGGCUUUACCUUAAGAAUUCUACUCCGUGGAAUGCUGAUCUCUCUGGAUUAUGUCAUUUAGCAUUAUUGCCGUGUUUAGAAGGACAUCAAAUAAAACUUCUGCCACUAAAAGGAAUCUACGUUAGCCUUUCGGCCCCAGGGAUGUCACAGAUAAACAAAGAUUUGAGUAGCUCGCUCUCGAAGCUUGACAUCACGGUAGUUUCAUUGCCGCAGUAUGUUUGCGAUCACAAACAGAUACUGGGUGGCCUGGUCCAUUACCCAAAUUCACACGGGAUCUUAGAGGUCCUUGAAAAGGUCAGCACUGACCCGACAACACGCACGAAAGCAGAAAGUGAUUUCAACAGAACAGCAUCGGAGGCCGAUAUCUCAUCCUUGAUAUCGUUCAUCGCUAAUGCCAAACAGUUAGAACCACGGAAGGUGAGCGUUCUGACAGGUUUGCGGUUGUUCAUCGACAUGACCACCAAACAGUUUGUCUCAGUCAGAGAUGUCAACGUCAUUGGUCCACGUGAUCCACUUCCAGUGUUGCCCCCGAGAUCACUGCUGAUGUGCGACGAGUCCUCCAGAUCAGCUGCAUUAAAGAUUGGGGCACUGAAGUCACUUUGCACACAAUAUCUCAAGACAUCCUGAAAAAUAUCCAGCACGGAAGUUAU